AUGUUUGUUUCACUAGCAUUUCUAAUGAAUGACAUUUAUGCAUUAAUUGAGGUAUUGGAGCCUACAAGAAACUACAGAACAGCCAGUUUCAUCAUGGCCGCUAAGAAUACGGUGCAGUUCAUGACUGCUUCUGUCUAUGGCCUGACAAAAACAAGCAAAUGGGAGAGAAUAAAGUCGUCUGACAUUCAGAUCAAAAUGGAAAUUAUGUUGGGUGAUAAGCUGAUGUUUAGGGACAGGAAGACUGCGUUAGAAACAAACUACUUCUACACUACGCCUGUUGAUGGGAAAUAUUACGUCAUUUUCACACUUCAUGGAACAAGGUUGAAGGAAUAUGGCAAAAUAGGAAUUGAUGCUAAGACAUUUUCAGGAGAGGAGUCCAUGCCAGUCAUCGUAUCAAAUGGGGAUGUGGAGCUGACUAAGGCAGAAAACUUCAUAAAAAGUGUACUAGAAUACGCAAAGAAGAACCUGACACUGCAGGAUGUUGACUUUGAGGAUGAUAAGCACUAUAAGGACAUCUUUGAUGGAAUACUGCGAACAGCAGUCUUCCUUCUGGUGCUAAAGGUGAUAGCAACACUCUUCACCCUCUUCUACUCCAAUUGGAAGACGAAACAGUUCUUCAAAACUGAGAAAAUCACACAAUAA